AUGAGUAGCUCAGAUGAAGCAUCUAUUGCAUCAGAGGAUAUUCCUCAAGCAUAUAAUCAACCAGAGAAUCCUGUAGCUCUUACAAAAACAGAAACUGCAGCAACUUUACAUCAAUUAGGACUUUCUCAAGUACCGUCUGUGUCUGGUCCGGAUUUGACCAAUCCACCAGUAGAAGAUCCCAUUUUCCCAGAAGAGUAUACUCUCGAAACUGACACCGGACUUGUCCCCGUAAGAACUUUACAAUCGAUUGGAAGAGUCAAGUCUCGGAUUCUGGAAGAGGCUUCUCGUCAAAGUACUAGGCAAAGUUUUCUCGCGGAAAAGAAUAAUGAAGAAGGUGAAAAGGAUAUUGACCCAGAUAUUGAAUUUGUGACCUUUGUCAAGGGUGAUCCCGAAAAUCCUCAUAAUUGGAACGAAACUUUGAAAUGGUUCUACACAUUUUUGUUCUCCAUUUUCGUCAUUAGUGCUGCCUAUGGCUCCUCCUCAUUGGCCGGCGGACUUCCAUUGAUCAACGAAAAAUUUGGAGUAUCUACAGAAGUCUCCACAUUAUCUGUGUCGUUGAUGGUUCUUGGAUUCUCUGUAGGUCCCUUGAUUUGGGCACCAUUGUCUGAACAAAUUGGAAGACGUCCCGUCUACAUCAUCUCGUACGGUUUGUACGUCAUUUUCAACAUUCCUUGUGCCGUCGCAAAAAAUAUUGGUACUGUCUUGGUGUGUCGUUUCCUUUGUGGAGUUUUCUCGUCUUCUGCCUUAACCAAUGUUGGUGCCAGUUUGGUGGAUCUUCAUAGGGAAUCCAGAGGGUUAGCCAUUGCCUUUUUCAGUUUCAGUCCUUACUCUGGACCUGUCUUUGGAGGUAUUGUUAAUGGAUUCAUCAGUGUCGGUUCUGGAAGGUACGACCUUAUGGUUUGGGUCAAUAUGGCGUUCGCAGGAGUGAUGUGGAUCGUUAUUGGUUUGAUUCCCGAAACUUACUCGCCAGUCAUUUUGAAAAAUAGGGCAAAGAGACUUAGAAAAGAAACAGGAAACAACAAAAUCAUGACUGAACAAGAAGCCACUCCAUUAUCUUUCAAAGAAAUGCUCAACAACAAUUUGUAUCGUCCACUUAAAUUUGUGAUUCAAGAACCUGUUCUUGAUCUUGUUUGUGGUUUCGUUGCCCUCAUCUAUUCGUUGUUGUAUGCAUUUUUCUUUGCAUAUCCGGUAAUCUUCAUGGACUUGUAUGGUUACAAAGAUAACUUGAUCGGAUUGAUGUACGUUCCAAUUUUAAUCGGUGCGUUGUUGGCUCUUGUUACCACUCCAAUAUUGGAAAAGAGAUAUCAAGCACUCUGCAAAAGACGUACUCCAGUCCCAGAAGAUAGACUUGUUGGUGCUAUGGUUGGUGCCCCAUUCCCUUGUAUUGCAUUGUUCAUUUUGGGUGCUACCUCGUAUAAGCACAUUAUUUGGGUUGGUCCGGCCUCCAGUGGUAUUGCUUUUGGAUAUGGUAUGGUGUUGAUUUACUAUUCGUUGAACAACUAUAUCAUUGACACUUACGCCAAGUAUGCUGCCAGUGCCUUGGCUACCAAAGUUUUCUUAAGAUCAGCUGGUGGUGCUGCUUUCCCACUUUUCGUCACCCAAAUGUACCAUGGCCUUGGUCUCCAAUGGGCCAGUUGGUUGCUUGCAUUUGUUUCCUUGGCAAUGGUUCUCAUUCCAUUCAGUUUCUACCGUUUUGGUGGGGCUGUGAGAGCCAAGCUUUGUAAGGAAGAUUAUACCAUUCACUACGACUAA